GAAAAACCCAACAUUGUCUCAGUGUCUCACCUCUGUCGCUGGUUCCUUUCUUUCCUCGUUGACUCGCCGUAUACCAGCCGACUUGGCGCCGUUCGCUCUGGAUUUUUCACUCGACGUCCUUCUCAAUCGCGUUGCUGUUGGAUCGUCCGCUAUUUUCUCUGCUUCAGGUGUCGCUGUAGCUCUGUAGGCUGUAUGCAGGUAACUGUGAAUGAACAUUCUUUGAAGUUAGUUUCACAUGUUGUUAGACAAUUAUAUCUUAUUAAUCAAAAAUUACAUCAUAAUUAUCUCAUAAUGGUCGUUCUCCAUGAAAUUUCUGAAGGAGCUUCAUCUUCUUCUUCAACUCAUGGUCAUAGAUACGACGUAUUUUUAAGUUUUAGAGGUGUUGACACUCGUAAUAGCUUCACUAAUCACCUUUAUAAUGCCCUCACGCAUGCCAAUAUCAAUACCUUCUUGGAUGAUGAAGAGAUUGAAACAGGGGAAGAUCUGAAACCAGAAUUGGAGAGUGCCAUUAAAUCAUCUAGGGCUUUUGUUAUUGUGCUGUCAAAGAAUUAUGCUGACUCCACGUGGUGUCUUGACGAAUUGGUGCUGAUCGUUGAGCAACAUAUGACAUCCAAUCAUAUUGUUAUUCCUGUCUUUUAUCAUGUUGAGCCCACACAUGUCAGGAAACAAGAAGGUAGCUUCGGAGAUGCAAUGGCUAAACAUAAAAAGAUGAUGGAGGUGGAGACAGAUGGAAAUAAAAUAAGUAAAUUGGCUCAAAAGAUGGAUCGAUGGAAUAAAGCGCUUACAGAAGUUGCUAAUUUAAAAGGAAAGGACGUAAAUGGCAGGCUAGAUGUGGAGUUUAUUGAUGAAAUUGUUACGGACAUCUUCGCUAGAUUACACAUAUCCUCAAGGUUUCCACUGCCACAGCUUAUUGGGAUGGAGAAUUCCAUUAAAUUCAUUACAUCAUGGCUAAAAGAUGCAUCCUCACAUACCACAGAUAUAAUCACCAUCUUUGGUAUGGGUGGCAUCGGAAAGACUUCUUUAGCUAAAUAUGUCUAUGGGUUACAUUUUCAUGAGUUCGACACAAGCAACUUUAUUGAAAAUAUAAAUAGGAGAUGUGAAAAAAUUGAUGGGUUGCUUGAUUUACAAAAAACAACUCUAUGAUGACAUUUCAAAGCGAAGUUCAGUUCAAGCUCAUGAUGAUUCUAUAAACACCUCGAUGAUAGAGAAUGCAGUAUCUUGUAAAAAGGUGUUUCUAGUUCUUGAUGAUAUUGGUAGUCUUGACCAAUUAGAUGCAUUACUUGGAAGCAAAAGCUUUCAUCCAGGAACCAAAAUCAUAAUAACAACAAAGGAUGCAUGGUUGACAAAGAGCUGUGCACUAUUCAAAACACACGUUCAACCUAAACAUGAAAUGUAUGAGCUUAAAGUCUUAUCUGAGAUCGAUUCACAAAGACUUUUUUGUUUUCAUGCAUUCAUGUGCAAUGAUCCCAAGAAAGGUUAUGAAGAGGCGUCUGAAAAACUUGUGAAAUAUUGCCAGGGACAUUCAAUGGUUUUAAAAGUUUUGGGCGAAAAUCUACAUAAUCGAGAUGUAACUUAUUGGGAGGGAUACAUAGAAGGGCUAAAGAAAGAGAAUGGUUCCCCUAUAAAUAAUGUCUUGAGAAUGAGCUUCGACUCUUUGCCAUUCAAAAAUGAUAAGGACUUGUUUAAGCACAUUGUUUGUUUUUUUGUUGGAAUGGAAAGAGAUGUUACUGAAACAAUAUUAAAUGCAUGUGAUAUAGACACAAGAUCCGGGAUCACAAAUCUUAUUGACAGAUGCCUUCUUACUAUCAGAUGGAAUAACGAAUUAAUGAUGCAUCAGUUGGUUCAAGAGAUGGGAAGAUUCCUAGUACGUGAAGAAUCGCUUGACAGACCAUGGGAACGAAGUCGAUUAUGGUGUCAUGAGGAGUCAUUCAAAGUGUUGAAACAAAAAAAAAAGUUAUGGAAAAUCUAUCCACAACAAUCUCAUAAGAGGCUAAAGCAAUUGAAAGGAUCAAGCUCAAAAGACAAAAGGUUGCUUGGAUCGUUGAAGAUUCUUAAUUUAAGUUCAUGUGAACAACUUCGUAGUCUUGGUGGCUUUGACCAUCUCCCUUCACUUGAGAGGUUAAUACUUAAAGGUUGCAUUGGUUUACUUGAGGCAUGGUGA